AACUUCAAACAGAUGAAUAUUCAUGAAACCGCAGAGUUAGAGGAGCAAUAUCAACAGUAUUUGGUAGAUCGAAGUGUGCAACAAGUGAAAAAAUACUAUCUCGAUAGCAAACAUGAAAUCGAUUUUGGAAACAUGAUUCUGAAAAAGAAUAGAGAGCGUGAACUACAUCGCACCUUUUAUCCGGGCGUUUGGUUUAAAAUGAAUACAUCACCGUAUCAAAUGCAACUGCAUGCAAAAAUCAAUAAAAUUCAAAUUGACAAUCAAUUAAAUGAUUAUAUCUUCCCUGUUGUGCUCGCGCCGAUACCCCCGCCUAAGAGUGUUGCCACAACGACGGUGCUGAAGCCGUUCAUAGAAAUCAGCGUGGUGCAAUGGGUGGUGCCCAACUCCACGGUCAAGCAAUACAAAUAUGCUACUAUGCUCAUACAGGAAUUCCAUUUCAAAGUGGAUUUAAUGUUUCUUACAGCACUCGCGGACAUGUUCGCUGCGAAAGUAAGUGAUGAACAAGCGGCUAAACUCUUCAAUGUAAAUGUGGAAUCGAUUGAAAAGCCACUAUCUGAUCUCGUAGAGACGCAUUCUGCGCAAGAACAAAAGAAUUUCUAUGAUAAUUUGCAUUUGGGACCAAUUAAAAUACACGUCAGUUUCUCUAUGGCUGGUUCGGACACCACAGCUUUGCCGGGUAUUCUAUCUACGCUGGUGCAAGGCGUUGGAGUUACGCUGACCGAUGUUAAUGAUGUCGUUUUUCGGUUGGCUUUCUUCGAGCGUGAGUACCAGUUCUUUACGCAGCAGCAAUUAACUUCUGAGAUCACGGCACAUUAUACGGGUCAAGCGCUUAAACAGUUGUACGUGCUUGUCUUGGGCUUGGAUGUACUUGGCAAUCCGUAUGGCUUGGUUGUAGGUCUAAAGAAAGGCGUUGAAGAUUUGUUCUAUGAACCAUUCCAGGGUGCUAUACAAGGGCCUGGCGAAUUUGCUCAAGGUCUAGCGCUCGGCGUCAAAUCACUAUUCGGUCACACAGUAGGGGGAGCAGCUGGCGCCGUAUCGAAAAUUACUGGUGCAAUGGGUAAAGGGCUGGCUGCACUGACAUUCGAUGAGGAGUAUCAGAAAAAGAGACGUCUGCACAUGAAUAAGAAACCACAAACUUUCUCCGAGGGUAUAGCACGCAGCGGCAAAAGUCUGGUUAUGGGCUUUGUAGACGGCGUUUCGGGCGUGGUAACCAAACCAGUGGCUGGUGCACGGGAAGAGGGCGUAGAAGGCUUCUUCAAGGGUGUUGGCAAAGGCAUGAUUGGUUUUGUGGCACAACCCACAGCUGGUGUAGUUGAUUUUGCAAGCGGCAGUUUUGGCGCGGUGCGCCGCGCGGCUGAAGGACAAAAUGAAGUGUCGCGUUUGCGUGCGCCACGCUACGUACACCAGGAUAAUGUGAUACGACCCUAUUGUCGAGCCGAAGCCGAAGGCAAUCGUGUAUUUAAGGAAAUCGAAAAAGGCAAAUAUGCUGGCACCGAUGUUUUUAUACACUGCGAAGAAGUGGUGCCAAAACACGAGUUCCUGGUCGUCUCGAACCAUCGCGUCAUACAUGCAACCAAAAAUGAUCUUUUCGGGACGUAUUCGGUACAAUGGAAAUACCGAUAUGAAAACAUUGACGCGUUUACACCGACUGAUAAAGGACUUGAAAUCAGACUGAAGAAGCAAAACAAAAAAGUCAUGGGCAUGUUUUCAACUAACGAAGUGGUCCGCAAACAAAUCUUCAUCAAAGAUCCAAAGCGCCGCGAUCGCUUGAUUGAAAUUUUGGAAUCUCAGCACAAGAAAUUGUAAUAAUUUCUCCAUUUAAUAUGCCUUUGCUACAGUCAUAAAGUCUAAUCGAAGCUAUCAAAUAUAAAUGGCGACUGCCUGCAGAAGCAAAUUCAAGCGCUGACAAGCUGAAAACGCAACAUUUGAAGAAACCAAACGAUUUACACAAGCACAUCGAUCGAUUGCGUACCAAUAAAUUUUCUUAAAAUAUUAAUAAAAACUGAAUUACGAGAAUGAUAUUUUUAAUACUGCAACUAAUCAUGUUGCUUGCUAAAAUCAAGCGCUAUGUACUUUUAAUCUCUAACUGUAAGCUUUUUUAUUGAAUUUUUAUUUAUAAUUUAUUUUGUUAUAUUCCUUAACUGUCAAUAUGUAGUUACAUACAGGCAUAUGCACUUCCAUGCAGACGAAUAUACUAUGUAUUCAUAAAAAUGUUCCAAUAUUCAACCUAAUCUGUAUUGCUUUACAUCGCGAGACUACCUCGUAACUGCUACAAAAAACAAUGAAACUAAUUUUUUUUCUUGGGCCACCUUUCUUAUGGUUCUUUUUAUACUAAAUAAAUAUUUAAAAUAUGUAUAUGUAUAUAGUCUACAUAUAUUCAUACAAAUACAUUCACUAAAAUAGCUAGCCGAUCAUCAUUUAAUUUUGUUAUAAAAUU